UUGACAGCCGCAGAAGCUGCCGCUGCUGUUCCCCGGGAGGACCGGCCCGGGCUGCCCGGGAAGGCGGCGCUCCCGCCGCGCCCCCGCCCGCCCGCGGCAGGAGCACCGGGAGCAGCCCGGGAGCACCGGGAGCACCGGGAGCAGCAUGGUGGUGCCGCCGCUGCUGCGCGCCGUCAUCAUGGGGCCGCCGGGCUCCGGGAAGGGCACCGUCUCCGCUCGGAUUAUCAAGCACUUCGGCGUGAAGCACCUCUCCAGCGGCGACCUGCUGAGGGACAACAUGCAGAAGAAGACAGAAGUGGGAAUCCUUGCCAAGUCCUACAUUGAUCAAGGGCAGCUUAUUCCAGAUGAUAUAAUGACACAACUAAUGCUGAAUGAGAUAAAAGGUCUAGACCGGUACAGCUGGCUAUUGGAUGGUUUUCCCAGAACAGUUGCUCAGGCAGAAGCCCUUGAUAAAGAAUGUCACAUAGACACUGUGAUUGACCUAGAUGUGCCAUUUGAGACCAUAAAGUGUCGGCUUACAGCACGCUGGAUCCACCCUGCCAGUGGCAGAGUCUACAAUCUUGAAUUCAGUCCUCCCAAAGUGCAGGGCAUUGACGACGUUACUGGCGAGCCGCUUGUUCAGCGCGAUGAUGACAAGCCAGAGACUGUCAGCAAGAGGCUGCAAGCUUAUGAUGCACAAACAAAACCUGUUCUAGAAUAUUAUCGGAAAAAAGGGUUAUUGAAAUCCUUUUCUGGAACAGAAACCAAUAAGAUCUGGCCACAUAUCUAUGCCUUCCUUCAAACCAAGUUGCCAGAUGUGAGCCAGAAAGACGCUGCCAACCCCAGGUGAAAAUAGGUCAAACUUCUGCUCAUCUGUCAUAGCUCCCUCCUGCUUACAUGAGAUUCUGCAAUCAAGGAUUUGUCCAAGUUAUCUACCAGACUCAUCACUAAUUAAAGUCCAAUGUUGUCCUUAACUUACAUUAUGGUGAAAUUUUGUUGCCUCUGUUUAUCACUUUAAUGUUCUAUUUUUUUAUAUUAAAUAUAACUAAUUUUAAAAAUACAGUGUCUUUAAUAAAA